AUAAAAGCAACAAAACCUCAUAAAAAACAAAAACCAUACAAACACAAGUUGCUUGAUAAAACAUAAUUAAGAUUUGAAGUGUUGCAACAAUGGCUGCUAUUGAAGAAGAGUUGACUCUUUUGGGUUCUGUUGGAAGUCCAUUUGUGAUAAAGGUUGAAAUUGCUCUGAAAUUGAAGGGUAUUGAAUACAAAUAUGUGGAAGAAAAACUGGGUAAUUUGAGUGAAACACUUCUCAAUUAUAACCCAAUUUACAGGAUGGUUCCUGUAUUAGUUCACAAAGGAAAACCCAUUUCAGAAUCUCGUCUGAUUCUUGAGUAUAUUGAUGAGACUUGGAAUCAAAAUCCAAUCUUGUCAUCUGAUCCUUAUCAAAGAGCAUUGGAUCGUUUUUGGUCAAAGUUCAUUGAUGACAAGUGUGUGGUUCCUGCGGCGAAAACUAUUUUUAUUCCUGAUGAGAAAGAACGCGAGAAGGCUAUUGAAGAAUUAUAUGAGGCUUUACAGUUUCUUGAGAAUGAGUUGAAGGAUAAGUUUUUUGGAGGAGACAAGAUUGGCUUUGUGGAUAUUGCUGCUCUUUUCAUCCCUUUAUUUCAAGAAGUGGCAGAGAAGCAGUUAUUUACAAGUGAUAAAUUUCCCAAGCUACACAAAUGGAGUCAAGAUUUUUACAACCAUCCAGUCGUCAAAGAAACUAUGCCUUCAAAAGAACAACAAUUUGCGUAUUUUAAAGCUCGCGCUGCAAGCCUUGCUGCUCCAUCAAAAUAGAGUGAGACUUUGUUUGAACUUGUAAUGAAAUUUGUUUAAGUACUUGUUUUUGUUGAGUUUUUGAGUGUUUUAAUUUCGUUUCAAAUGGAAAAUACUAUAUGAUUCCCCCAUUCCAUUUUGUAACACAAUAAUAUUGUUGAAAGAAUAAUUCCUGAA